CGAGUAGGGACUAGUCGUACUUAGAUUAGCAAGAAAAAAAGGAGAAAGCGGACAGAUGGAGUGGUUUCACUCUCCGAAAAGCGACGUUUAUGCUCACCGAAUUUCAUCCAAUAAUUUUAGCAAUUUCUCUGUAAACAGGACCAGCAAUAAUGCAAAGUUUGGAUUGACUGGUUAUUACCUUCUCUUUCUGUUAUCCUCUUUCAUUCUCAUUCUCAUUCUCCUCCUUCAAUGGAUCAUCUACUGGGCCUUCUGAGAGUUCGAGUGGUGAAAGGGAUAAAUCUGGCCAUCCGUGACGUCAGGACCAGCGAUCCUUAUGUUGUUCUCAAGAUGGGAAAACAGAAACUGAAAACCCGUGUUAUGAAAAAGAAUGUCAAUCCUGAGUGGAAUGAAGAUUUAACUUUCUCGAUUGCAGACCCUACUUUACCAAUCAAGCUUACAGUGUAUGACAAGGACACAUUCAGUCAAGAUGACAAAAUGGGAGAAGUCGAGUUCUCCAUUCAGCCAUUCGUGGAUGCAGUAAGGAUGAAUUUGGAAAGCAACCCAAGUGGUACAAUAAUAAGGACAAUGGAGCCAACUCCUGAGAACUGCCUUUGCGCAGAGAGCCACAUCAUGUGGUUGGAUGGUAAGGUUAUUCAGGACUUUUGUCUCCGACUCAAAAAUGUGGAAUGUGGUGAAGUGGAACUGCAAUUGCAGUGGAUCAGCCUCCCUGGCUCCAGGAGCUGGUAGAGAAGAAAAUACACAUCCCUACUAUGGUGGCAGUUUUCAGUAUUCACUCUUGCAUGAAAGUACUUCAUAGGAUGGCGUGUUCUAUGUCGAAACUUCACUAAGCAUAUAUGUACCUGCAUGUACUGCUGUCUGUCAUGGCUUAAAAUACUGGCUACUUGCUGUGAUGUUUUCUUCUUCUUCUUCUUCUUCCUUUUUUUUUUCUUUUUUUUUUUUUUUUUUUUGUAUAAUUAGCAGCAGAAAUACUAGAUGUUGUGGUGUGGCAUUUAUCCUUGUUUACUGGAUAACACUGACAAUUAUCUGUAAUUUUGAUAUUAUUCAAUCAUAUUUCUGCUCAA